AUGAGUCCCUGGAGCUGGUUCCUGCUGCCGACCCUGUGCCUCCUGCCCGCCGGCGCAGCCCCGCGGCGCGGGACGCCCGCCUCCGCCAACUGCGAGCUCAAGCCCCAACAGACUGAGUUGAAUUCCUUCUUAUGGACCAUAAAGCGAGACCCGCCAUCUUACUUCUUUGGCACCAUCCAUGUCCCAUACACCCGGGUUUGGGACUUCAUCCCUGACAACUCCAAGGAGGCUUUCCAGCAGAGCAGCAUUGUGUACUUUGAGUUGGACCUUACGGACCCCUACACCAUCUCGGCUCUCACCAGCUGUCAGAUGCUGCCUCAGGGCAAGAACCUCCAAGAUGUGCUCCCCAGGGACAUCUACUGCCGCCUCAAGCGCCACCUGGAGUACGUCAAGCUCAUGAUGCCCUCAUGGAUGACCCCAGACCAGCGUGGCAAGGGGCUGUAUGCGGACUACCUCUUCAAUGCCAUCACAGGGAACUGGGAGCGCAAGAGGCCCAUCUGGGUGAUGCUCAUGGUCAACUCCUUAACCGAAGUGGACAUUAAGUCCCGUGGGGUCCCUGUCCUAGACCUUUACCUUGCCCAGGAGGCCGAGCGGCUGAGGAAACAGACUGGGGCAGUGGAAAAGGUGGAGGAGCAGUGCCAUCCAUUGAACGGGCUGAACUUUUCACAGGUCAUCUUUGCUUUGAACCAGACCCUGCUGCAGCAGGAGAGCCUGCGUGCGGGCAGUCUUCAGAUCCCCUACACGAUGGAGGAUCUCAUCAAACACUAUAACUGUGGGGACCUCAGCUCUGUCAUCCUCAGCCAUGACAGCUCCCAGGUCCCCAAUUUUGUCAACGCCACGCUGCCGCCGCAGGAACGCACCACUGCGCAGGAGAUCGACCGCUACCUGCGCCGGGAGCUGAUCUACAAGCGCAACGAGAGGAUGGGGCGGCGGGUGAAGGCCCUUCUGGAGGAGUUCCCCGACAAGGGCUUCUUCUUUGCCUUUGGAGCGGGUCAUUUCAUGGGCAACAACACAGUGCUGGAUGUCCUGCGGCGCGAAGGCUAUGAGGUAGAACACGCCCCCGCUGGACGACCCAUCAACAAAGAGAAGAGUAAAAGGCCUUCGGUGCAGCCCUUUCCAUCUGCCAUCUUUGCUCCAGAAGCGCCUGCCCCGGAAGCACCGUCACCGGAAGUCGUGUCUGCGGUGCUUUCAUCGCUGCCGCCUCACGGGCUCCCGCCCGGAAGUGCCUAUCUGCCAGGGGAGGCAGAGCGGAAGUUCCGGAAAAAGCGGAGGCGGACGCAGCGGAGGCAUCGACUCCGGCAAUUCAGCGACUUGUGGGUCCGCCUGGAGGAGAGGAGUGCUGUAGUCCCACACCUCCAGGUCCCUGUCCUGGACAGGCACAUCUCCACUGAGCUGAGGCUCCCUCGCCAUGGGCAUUCCUACCACAGCCAAAUGGUGGCCAGCAGUGCCUGCCUGUGUCUCUGGACUCCUGUGUUCUGGGUGCUGGUGCUGGCUUUCCAAACAGAGACACCCCUCCUAUAAUGACUGGAGGAGCCACCAGACCAAGACUGAGCCCUCGGACUGGAAGGAGGGCCUUUCCUGUACUCCACACUUUGGUCUGGCCUUGGUAGGCCCAACCCUACCAAGAGACUUCUCCCGAAGAAGGAACCCAGUGUAGAUUCUUAUCAUUCCAAGAAAUGUCUUUGGGUUAUUCAUCAAUGUUGGGGGGAGGUGU